AUGGCGGGCCCAGGCCACAGCCGUGAGCCCUCAGCUGGGAGGCACGCGGCGGCGCAAGACGGACGUGAUUUCCGCCUGCAGGCGUCGUCUUCACAUCCGCAUUUGGGAGAAGAUGUCAAGCCGUCCUUGCCCUUAGCCGCGCGCAUGCCGCCUCCUCCGCCACUCAGAUCGUCCUCGAACGUUGCCCCGAAUGGGCAUCAGGCAUCGCGACCUGGUCCUUCGAAUCAGACAGAGGUAUCGUACGAGGAAAGGCGAGCGAUGUGGGCGGAACGCGUGAAACUUUUAUCGGAGGCCGUCGCCGCCCGAUCUGAAUAUGUCAAGCUGCAAGAGGAACUGGAAUCAAUGCAACGUCUAUCACGUUCCGUCCGCUUCGACGAGGUACUGGAAGAGGACAAGGCUCGUAUGGACGCGCGUAUAUCCAGUCUGACAUCCCAAUGCGACGCAAAGAAGACGGAGCUCAAUCGAAUGCUUGUGCGGUUAACCGACGCAGACUUCUGGCCGGUAGGGCAGAAGAUGCCACCGACUCUGGAGGAUGGCCACGCAGCUAUGCAAACUACCAUUAACGAAUUGAAAAAGAGCCUUGCAAGCCUAUACAAGCUUAUCGAGGACACACGGGCAGACUUCGCAAAGUCUCGGGAGACACAAGCAACAGCAUUCACGGACUCUGAAGGAAACCAAACCACGGAGCCUCGCGCUGCGAAGCGUCGACGGCUGUCCAGUGGAGAUGAUACGCUUGUCGAAGAUGAGGAUAGGAAACGCGCAAUGGUUACAGCUGCCGAGGUUGACGAACUGCGUGGCAAGUUGCUAGAGGUCGAGCGGCAAUUAGCCGAUGUGCAGAACGAAAUGGUACAACACGACAACGAACUACUGCAAGAGAUCGAAGAUUUAGUGCACAGUCGGCUUGAAGACAUUCCAGGGAGCGCGUCGACAUCCCGAGGUGGUCGUGCGCCUGACAAUGAUCCGAAGAAGCAACGUGAUAAUGUGCUGGAUCAUAUUCGACGGGAUCUGGACAGCACCGGAAACGAUAUUCUUUCCCUGGCUCAAGAGGUGGCUGGUCUUAUCAAGCAAAUGAAUGCCAAGGAUCAAGAACAAACCAAUUUACGGCUCGAGAAUGAACAACUGAAGCAGCGUGUCGAAGCGCUCGAACAACAGCAUAUAUUGGACAUGGAGGACUUCCAUGCAAAUAGGCUUGAGAUGCAGGCCCUCAACACUGCUGUCUCAACUUUCUUAUCACAGCCUCAUCCAUCUCCUCCUACUCUGCCACCUCAACCUCUAUUUGAGGAGAUUGCCAAGGAUAUACAUCCGGUCCUUAAACAUCUACUUUCAGAAGAUCUCAAGCCCCUCCUGCAAGAAAGUCAUCAGAAGGUCUCAAACAUGUUACAGGAAUCCACUGUCAAUGCAUGGAGAGACAUUCUGUCCAGAUUAAAGCCUACUAUAAAGUCUGCUGAAGUUGUAGCAGCAUUGAUCAACCAGGUUCAUGGCAAUGGUGAGGAAGAUAUGGCAGAACAGAGUGUAUUUUCCAAAAUGUCUCACUAA